CAUUUUUUAAACAUGGCGUCGGACAGAGGAGCGUUUGAAAAAGAGGUGAAUGUUUUAAAGUGUUUUUCUUGUAGAAUCUAAUACCUACCGUUGUAUUAUAGAGAAUUAAAUAAUAUGAGUGAUUGCAAAUGAAAAUAAUGGCUAGGUGUCCAAAUUUGAGGUCAAACGAGGAUAAGACUUUGACACCUGACAGUGUAUAUAUAAAAUAAGAUAUAAACUGCAAAAAAGUUCCUAGUGUCCCUGUACUAUGUCCUUUGUCUAAUGCAGUAUAGGUGAAUAUUUUUACCAUAUCCAAUAUUUUUACCAUAUCAUUCAAUACAGUGUGCACAUUCUCCAUUAAAAUAUACUUUAAAAUACUGAAUAAGAAGCCGUCCAAUUGUCCAAAUACACAUCACAUGUUUGCGGUAUGGUAUUAAACUGUAAAGUACCCUUGCUUGCCCAAACUAGUUUUUGCCUGGAGGCUAAACACAAUUUAAUCACAAUUAUGUAUAUUUCAGGUUAGGCAUGGUGCUGCUGGGGGAUAUACGUCUGAAUUCAGUGAAGCUGAUGAAAAUGAGAGAAAGAGGUAAGGGGCCGUCAACAAAUAGAUUUCGUCCACCGAUCACAGUUCCACGAUGGGGGAGGGGGUUAGCCUUGAAUCCACAAGUACAAAAUAAUCAGGACAAAAAAUUGUUGGAUUGGUCAGUGAUGGGGGGGGGGGUUGAAGCAAUCUUGGAACAAAUCCACAAUUGGUACGUGUACAGAAUCUAUUUGUUGACGGCCCCUAAUAUGUCAACAAACGUGGAGCAAUUGCCACUAGACUGAAUACGAUAAAUUAUUUGGUUCUUUGUAUGUUUAUAUAAUACGCCAACAAUAUAAUUGUUUUGGUUUCUAGAAAACACCGCAUAUAUGCUUAUUUAUAGUUGUAAAGCUUCAAUGAUCCCCAGGAAGAUCCAUGCUUGCAGAUUAAAAGCUUUACAAUAAUAUGAAUAUGUGGUGUGGUCCACAAACCAAAAAUACUAGUGAACAUUUAAAAAUAUUGAAAAGUGAGAGUAGAAAUUUGCAUCCACACUCCUAGCACACCCACACCCCCGGUUCAUAUCAUCAGUGCUCUGAACCUUGUUAACAUUAUUAAGAUUCCUCAUUGGUCACACCAGAGGUGCAGAGCAUCAUGAGAAGGAUGCUCAGUAGCGAAGGUGACCACUGUAGUUUUAUUUAAUUUCUGCAGAACAUGGAGAGAUGAUCAAUUAUCAGGUGUUGACAGACGACCCAACAGAACAUUUGGGUUGCCUUCAAAACAGAUAAUAUCACAAGAAUAUGACAGGUAUAGUUUUUUUGUAGCCUGCUCCCCCUCCAAGCAUCAGGGCAAAAAUGUUUUUAUACUGAUAGAAAUAUAUAUAGGGCUUGACUCACUCCAUUUUUUGCACAAUUUCACCAAAUUUUGAGGCCAUGCAGGACUCUGUCUGGAUGAACCUCCAUUAUUGGCAAAAAGAUAGUUAUCUGAUGAAUUGUCUACAUUUAAAAACAUGUGUUGCCAUGUUAAUUCUGAACAAACCUACUGAUAGAAUAUAUACUAUAAUUAUUAAUUACUGUACAUUGUCUAUGUUUCUUUAGAGAGGAAGCAAAGAAUCACAGAUUUCAUCUUCUUUCACUGGAUGCCGUAUCCUCUGUAGGACAUGUCUUUAAAGUACUCUUCCACUGUCCCAUACAGUACCGUUAAACUAUUCCUAAUCCUUGCAAUUCCAAUCUUAACUUAACCUGGCUUUCGUUUUAUCCCUAAUCCUAAUCUUGUUCUAUUGAUACCUAGCUUAGCUGCAAGUAACAAUGAUUGGCACAUUACUUGCAUACUAAAUACUCAAAGACACAUUUUAUACUUCUGCAUUAAAUAUGACCUUGACUUUAUUCAGUAUUCUCGACACAAGUUAUAUAUCAAUAACUACCUAAAAUAUUAUGGUGGAUCAAUGGAAGAUUUUAAAAGAGACAGGUAUAAAAAUGAAUUGGUGGUAAAUUAAUGGCUGUAUGUACAGUAGGUGCUUUAUGUAUACACUUUUUUCUUGUAUAUGUACUGUAUAUAUCAGAAAGUCAUAAGCUAUAUUUCCAACAGAUUUGUAACAUUUAAAAAGUCUCUUUUUUUCAUCCCACUUAGCUACAUUUUAAAUUUUUAAUACUUUGUUUUUUGGAUAAAAUUUGGAUAAGUAAUUUACAAACAUUUCUAUUUUAUUCUUUAAUUUAUCUUUUCAGUUCACGAGACAAGACAGAUUACGAUGUUCUUCGUGAACAGCACAGGUAUACAAAGAAAUAACAAACUUCAAGUUGGAUCGAUCAUGCAUUUCAACAUUUUUACCCUGGUGAAGAUCCAUAUUUGGUACACAAAAACAAAUGAAAAAUAAUCCAUAUUCACAAUAUUGUGAUUAGGACUAUCAUAUUGAAAUUCUUUUAUAGAUUUAUUUGGUCUGAUGAGGACGAUGUCGACAGUUCAUGGUACCGAAAUAGUUGUUGUAAAACAAUAUAAUAUAAUAUAAUUUAUACAGCACUCUGCAGUGAAUCUCCAUAUAACAGAUAGUUUGGUAGCGGAUCUUGCUGUUCGUUGUUGGGCUUGGCGGUUUGCUAGAUUUUUGAGUAUAUGUGUGUUGGUGGUUUGCAUUCAAUCCCUGGAGAUUUAUACAUUCUACAGACUGUCUGUUCAUAGAAGUUCCAGUAUGACCUGCUACUCAUCUACUGACCACUAUAAUCUUUUUUCAGGGAAAAACGGCUUGCGAAGAAGUAUUACGAUAAACUUUUCAAGGAGUAUUGCAUUUCUGAUUUAAGUCGAUAUAAAGAAAAUAAGGUAUAAUACUAAUCUAAUUUAAAUGAGUAAAUACAUCGUUCAACUGCAGUUGCUAGUGAGAGAAAGUAGUCGUAUUUAGUAUGUAAAAAUACUGUUGAACCUCUCCUUACACACAACACCAUAAUCUCCAAUAUGGUUACCCCUCUACAGUAUGGAUACCCCUCUUAUAUGGAUACUCUUUUAAUGCAAACUGUGAUCUCCACAAACCUUUUCGAACACACAUAUUUAGGUGGCUCUGAGGUGGAGAGUUGAGAAAGAGGUCGUUUCUGGGAAAGGUUUGUAUCACAUCAUAUUCAAAAUAGUCGAAUUGAAAUUUCUUCAAUAAUUAUAUGAUUGUGUGAAGUAGCUUUAGGUUAGGUAGGCUUCGCUUCUCUGGUUUUACUGAGAAAAAUUAUAGUGAGUGACAAGUUCCGAAAACAAUCGUAUAAAUUAAAAUUAUAUGAUUCGAACUUGGCUUCGCCUCGGGAAACAUCAACGGUUUGGGGAUCACAAAACAUACUAUUUUCCUUCCUGCCAGUAAAUAUAAAGUGUUAAAUGUUUUCUAAACGUUUAUGUAACAAUUUGUGUAAAUUACUGCGGCUAGUUGUACGAGAACUGGAGAACGCUAUCCAUCAGGUAGUGAUUUUUUAAAAGCUUUAAUUCUAAAAUUAUCCGUUGAUUAACCUAGUGUUUCUUUUUAUUAACCUUAAUUGCGAUGUGCAUAUCGGUAGUUUUAUAGCUUUUUAAAUAUUUUAGCAACGGUUGAAAAAUCACUUUCUGGUGAAUAUCGCUGUCCGGCCCUUCGUAUACAAUUAGCCCUAGGUUUUUUUAUUUGGUAUGUUUCCUUUAUGUUUGGCAGGGCAGUUUAUUUGUGGUAAUAAAACAUGCGACGUUACUGCUGAUCUUCAAAGCUGGGAAGUAAGUAAUAUGAAACGAAAUUAGCUGUGCCAGCUUGGUAUGAUUUUGAUUUUUGUGCCAUGUUUUUAAUAAUUCAAUUCCUUUCUAAUGUUAUUUGUACUUUUUUCAGGUGAAUUUUGCGUAUCGUGAACAUGGCGAGAAAAAGAACACAUUAGUGAAAUUACGUAGGUAUUUUAAUAUAGCUACGUUACAGCAAAUGUGUAAUCAUAUAGGUUCAAUUUUUCUAGAAAAUGUUAAUAUAUCGAGAGUUUUUCAUGCAUUGUCUGCCUCAUCCCAGGCGCCUAAGUUUGCCACACCACUGUACCACGCUCGCGUAUAGAACUUGCAUGCCACCACAUAAUUUUGAGUACACACGUAAAGUCUAGUUUCCACUCAGGAAAAUUAUCCGUGGAUUGAAACAGACAAGAAAAAUUUUCGUUGUCUUGUGAGCUCUGUGUUGGAACUAAUGACUUUAACACAAAGAAAAAUUUUCUUGUCCGUUCCAAUGCACGGAUAAUUUUCCUGAGUGGAAACUAGACUUAAAGGGGCAAUGUCACCGAUUUUUGAGCAAUUCUAACCCUUGCAAAUUUUGCCCAAAACUGAAAAAGAAUGAGUGCAAGCACAAAAUAAAGCAAUAACAGACACAAAAAACAUGUACAGAAGUCUGGAUGGGCAAGAUUACGCUAGGAUUGAGAUGGAUUGUAAAUGGCAUCUUGAUUAAUUGUUGGCAGACACUUUUUCAAGUUUUAGUCAAUUUUUAUGAAAAUGUCGUGUUACAUGUUGCGUGUACGUUCAAAGUUGUUUAAUAUGACUCGUAUAUCAUAACUUAAUCCAUUUACAAUGUUUAGUUUUAACUUUGUAGUUCAGUUUUUGAAUAAAAGGCAUUUUAGGUCAAAAAUCGGUGACAUUUCCCCUUUAAGUUUGCGGAAGUUGUUUCAGAUCUGCAAACAAGUUGUAACAAAGUCUGCAAGAGGUUGACAACAAUCAAGCCGAUAUCAGGAUGUGUUCGCACUGCUUUUUCCCAGUUGUUGUGACAAGUCUGGAACAAGUUGAAGAGGUUGACAACAAUCAAGCCGAUAUCAGGAUGUGUUCGCACUGCUUUUUCCCAGUUGUUGUGACAAGUCUGAAACAAGUUGUAACAAAGUCUGCAAGAGGUUGACAACAAUCAAGUCGAUAUCAGGAUGUGUUCAUACUGCUUUUUCCCAGUUGUUGUGACAAGUCUGAAACAAGUUGUAACAAGGUCUGCAAGAGGUUGACAACAAUCAAGUCGAUAUCAGGAUGUGUUCAUACUGCUUUUUCCCAGUUGUUGUGACAAGUCUGAAACAACUUGUAACAAGGUCUGCAAGAGGUUGACAACAAUCAAGUCGAUAUCAGGAUGUGUUCAUACUGCUUUUUCCCAGUUGUUGUGACAAGUCUGAAACAACUUGUAACAAGGUCUGCAAGAGGUUGACAACAAUCAAGUCGAUAUCAGGAUGUGUUCAUACUGCUUUUUCCCAGUUGUUGUGACAAGUCUGAAACAACUUGUAACAAGGUCUGCAAGAGGUUGACAACAAUCAAGUCGAUAUCAGGAUGUGUUCAUACUGCUUUUUCCCAGUUGUUGUGACAAGUCUGAAACAACUUGUAACAAGGUCUGCAAGAGGUUGACAACAAUCAAGCCGAUAUCAGGAUGUGUUCGUACUGCUUUUUCCCAGUUGUUGUGACAAGUCUGGAACAAGUUGUUAUCACCUUGUUACAAGGUUGAUGGCAGUAACAGGCUUGCAACAAGUUGUUCCAACAACACUGAUAGAAGCUGUUUGUCACAAGUUGCUACGAGCUUGUUGUCAUCAACUUGUUAACAAUUUGUUACGUGCAGACUUGUUACAUGUUGCUGGAAUAACCUUUUUAUCAUUAAUUGUAUUUCAGGGCUGUGUCCGGAUUGCUCGUUGAAACUAAACUAUCAUCACAAGUAAGUUAGAAAAUUGAUCAAUAUCUUUUUCCAUAAGCAUAGGGCAGUUCCCCGACCUAUCUCUUACCCUCGACUUAUAGUAGCAGCCAGCAGGCUUAACGUAGCGAUAAGAGACAGCAUGGUAACCACAUCUGUCAUCCGUGCUCCCCUUAAAGUAAUAUUUUUGAAAUCUUAGAAAGAAAGCUGUAAAAAGAAAGUCUCAUAAAGAAAAGAAACAUAAGAAGUCAAAACGAAGGAGGAAAUCUGACGAGGAAAGUGAAGAUUCUGAUUCAAACAGCGGCCAAUCUUCCAAGACAAGUACACUGCUCGUUAUGUACUUUAUAAAACGAUAAUUCGGGCUGUCUUACACCAGAGACGAUUUUUGCAACUUGUAACGCAAGAUUAUUGUUAUGAUAAUCAUUAUGAUUGAUUGUCGAUGGGCACGGUCACCCCCCCCCAACCACAUCUGGUUAAGUCGGAUUAAAUUAGUAUAAUGAUGUUAGUUAGGAUUAGGAUCUGAAUUAGGUUUGUAAGGAUUAGGAAUAGUUUAAGGUAAGAAAUCUCAGUAUUUAAACUGUUGUUCAUACAUAAUUCACCCUCUACAUUUCUGUUGGAAGAGAGCAAAGAGAGACAAGGCGAUGAGAAAAUUGCCACAUCGAAGGAGUCAGUCUCUGCUACUGAUGUUUGGGAAAAACCUGUGACAACUGCUGUUGAAAAAACAAGGUAAAGUGACAUAAACUGACAGAUUAUUUAAUUAAUGAAUUAGUAAAAUUAAAAUAUAUUUACGGCUAUCACUCAAUAUCACUCCAAAGCAAAUUCAGGGAAGAAAUUUACUACUCUCCUGCUUCAUACAAAAUGCAAGGUUUGAAUUUGAAUGUCCUGGUGUGGGAUUUGGUUUAUGAUUACUGUAGGAAUACACCUUGCGGGGCACAUGGGGAAUGUUUCACAGGAUUAUUUAGAAUACAUAAACCAAAAUCGUAUAUAGAUACAUGUCUCACGGUUUAUGAUUUAGGGUCAGCGGUUAGGGUCAGGAUUAGGAUGAGCAUUCAUAAGGAGCGAGACAUGAAUCUAUAACACAAAACCUUCAUUCUUGUUUCACCACAACCUGUUUCGGUUUGACUUUAUUUGCACAUCUUGCAUUUCAAUACAUACGUAUUGUCACGUUGAAACACUUCUUAUCUAAAUAUAUUAAAACUGGCAAAUGUUCUGCCCGUGUAUACACUACAAGUCUAGGCCUACCUCGGUUACUUGACUAGUUUAGUCAGUCAGCGUGUUAUUUUCUCAAAGAAAAGCUAUUAUUUAUUGUAUGGUCAAUGGUGUUUUACUGGAAACUAAAACACUCGUAGAACUCAUACGUCACUACAUCCGCGGUAAAGACAUUCUUAAGAACUCUUGAGAGGUUUUGAAAGGAUAUUUUUCUGGAAUUAUGUCUAAACACUUAGCUAUUUUUAUUAUACAUCAUCUGGCUGUAAAUAUUUAUUUUAAAGAGUAAUGUGAUAUCUGCACAAAAAUUGUGAAAUGAACCAAAUUUUAGUGGACCACUAGUGCUUGUAAUUAAUUUUUAUGUUCGUUAUUCAUUUGUAUGGGGAUUACAUCAUGUGACCCAAUGUUUGGCAUUUGAUUUGAUGGAUAUAGCUUAUUAAUUAUUCAUGAUUUUACAAAGAACGUCUGAAACUGAUUAUAAAUACAAGCUGUAUAUUUCUUUAUCCAGAGAAGAGGAAUUUGAUGAUUACUUUGAUGAAAUGUUUUUAUGACAUUCAAUAUGAGACGAAAUGAAAUGAGAUGUGAAGAUCAUGCCGAAAUUGUGAGUAUUGUCGUAUUUACUCUGUUGUGUAAAUGUAAGAAGAAAUGCAAUAAAGUUUUGAUGUUUUUCAUUAGGUGCAACAGGCAAAGUUGGCCUCAUGUGAUUGGAUGAAAUUGAGCAGCAAGUGACAGCUGAAAGACAAACUAUGUUGCAAUUUAUCCAAUCUUGUGACAUCAUAGGGGUCGUGGCUUCGACAUUCAUUCCAACUCAAGACAUGCAUGUGAAAAGAGUCGGUCAAUGUUCUGUUGAAAUGUUCUAAUAUUAAUUUUAUCAUGGCACAAAUCAAAUACCCGUGGUAUUUUUGAGUAAACGAAGGUCAAAGACUUUUAUUUUGUGUAUUUUCCACAAUUGAGAAACGAUUGCGAGAUGAAGGAGUAGAUAAACAAUUAAUAUUCAAAAUUAUUUAAUAUUACCUUGAAACAUGCAAACAGUCCCAUUUAAUUCUGUACUGAUACAAACAGUAGUAGAACACACAUGUUUGCUAGUCAUACCAUGCAAUUCCGGUGCCAUCAUUCCUAUCUGCUCCAAAGUACAGACCACCCCACCGCCUUUGAACUGCAUGGCAUAAUUAUCGCCAUUCCAUGCAUGCAUCGUUGUUAUCCAUGGUCGAGAACUGUAUCUGAUUGUCAUGAACAAAAAGGGAUUACCUGCACGUUACCUUUAAGAAAGGAAUGAACAAAACUCCGAGAUAAGUAUAAAAUUUUAGAACACUACACAGGUACUGUUUUGAAAUUUUAUACUUACCUCGGAGUUUUCAGUAUAAUAAUUUAGUGUUUUCUAUUUUAUCACCAGUGGUGGGUUGUACGAAAGCUGGAUAGUGCUAUCCACCGGAUAGUGAUUUUUUCAAUCUUUGUUAAAUCAGUCGUUGAUUCGUACAGUAUACAGUAACUCAUAUUAAAGUUUAGUAUUUAUAAGUUAAAAGUGUUUAUAAAACUUGUGGGUUUCAUAUCCGUAGUUUCGCAGAUUUAAAAAAAUCACUAUAAAAAUAAUUGAAUCAAGGCUGCCCAUGUGUGUAUAAUAGCACGUUCCACUAGUUCUGGAACUAAAUAAUCUACGAAACACUACAUAUAGCUUAUAAUCUGCAUGAUCGGUACAAUUUUGGGGUUAUUUUGCCAUCGAAAUCUGCAAGCU